GCUAUAGACAUCGUCUGUGCGGAUGUCUCUGGUGGCUAAAGACAUGGCUUUGUUGAAUGGUACAGCAUUGGUGACCGGCGCAGGAUCUGGCAUUGGCCAAGCGACGGCGCUGGCCUACGCGCGAGCAGGUUGCCAAAACAUAGUUCUAGCAGACAGAGAUGAAUCAAGCAUAGGCAACACGGCGCAGAUGAUUGGGAAGCAAUGGCCGAGUGUCAAAACCCUAGGGGUUGUCACUGAUGUGUCCGAUCAGACAUCAGUAGAUAAUAUGGUGAAGAAGACUGUGGAAGUUUUUGGCACUCUUGACUAUGCGGCAAAUGUCGCUGGGGUAACAUGUCAAGCUCGCUCGCUAUCGGCCGACUAUCCAGUGUCUGAGUUCGACCGCGUCAAUUCCAUCAAUGCACGGGGCCUCAUGUUCUGCGUUCAAGCCGAGACUCGAGUGAUGCGGGAGCAGGCUCUCAGAGUAACGAUUGAGGGCUAUCAAGAGCGGAGAGCGCAGAGGGGGAGCAUCGUAAACAUCGCAUCCACUUGCGGUCUCUCGGCGAUUGCAAACAUCAUGCCCUACGUUGUUUCUAAACACGCAGUGGUUGGGGUUACGAGAGCGUUCGCCGUGGAUCACGGCAAAGAUGGCAUUCGCAUCAACGCCGUUUGCCCGGGAAUCGUGGAGACGCCGAUGCUUUUGCAGCGUAAAGCCAUGGAACAAGCGUCAGAGGCACGGACUGGAGCAGUGAAAGACAUUAAAGAUCCUGUGAUAGGGAGAUUGGCGGUGGCGGAUGAGAUUGCAGAUAUUUGCGUUUUCUUGAGCAGUUCUAUGGCGAGUUAUAUGCAUGGAUCUAUGGUCAUGGCGGAUGGCGGCAAGAUGGCAGAGUAUUAGAUAGCUAAUCCGCCAUACUAUAGCCCGCAGGUCUACUUUGAACAAGCAUCUCUGCUUUUUGCCUAUAUUCUACAGUCCU